CGGCCGGCCAGACGGCACCUGUAGCUCCCCCGGGCCGGGUCGGUCGACGCCGUGCCCGCACCGGUCACCAUGCUACCAAACCAGGUGGUGCCGGCGCCGACCACCCAGCAGCCGCAGCCGCUCGGCGUCGGCCCGUACACCACCGUCACCGGCCAUGCGGUGAUGCUCACUCCUCAGCCGGCCAUGUUGAUACAGAACACCGUACCCGGCUGUCCAAGAGGCUUGGAGAUGAUGGCGAAGACCGGCCAGCUCAUCAUUCAACAAAAGCCACCCGAUUCGACUCUCCUGGAAGACAUUCUUAGCGAGGUGACCGACUUCGACAAAGGUUUGGAGGCGAACAAGUACUCGAUAAGCACUCCAUCCGGUCAGACCGUCUACUGGGCGGCCGAGGAGAGCGGCUGCUGCGACCGAAACUGCUGCGGCCGCGGCCGAUCGUUCCGAAUGAGGGUCGUCGACAGCCAACACGGCGAAGUGCUCUUACUGGACAGGCCACUCAGGUGCUCGUGCUGCUGCUGCUUCUGCUGCCUCCAGGAGCUGGAGGUCUCCUCCGGCGGGGUGCUCCUGGGCACCGUCACCCAGGAGUUCUCCGUCUUCUACCCCAGCUUCAGCAUCCGCGGCCCGGACGGCGACGUUCGUCUGCAGAUCACCGGCCCCUGCUGGGGCUGCGGCUGCUGCAGCGACAUCGAGUUCCCGGUCAUGUCAGCCGACGGCCGGCGUCAGGUCGGCAAUCUCACCAAACGCUGGAACGGCAUCGGCAGGGAGCUGGCGAACGACAGCAAGACGUUCAGCGUCAGCUUCCCCGACUUUGCCGAUCCGGCCACACGAGCCACCCUGUUCGGAGCCACGAUCCUCCUCAGCUACGUGUUCUUCGAGAAGGAUAACAUUCAGCAGCCCUCCUAAGGGUAGAGGGCGCUGUUUGAGGUGGCCACCCACACCUGUGGUCGGCAGCAUGAAGAUCCCUCCAGAGGAAACAAUAUUAUAUACAGGGUAACAAUCGCAGCCCCGCGAUGGCACUCAUUCGUUGAGUUGUUGCUGGCCAUACGGGUAACAGCAACGCAUGUUAACACGUUUAAAACUUAUAUUACCUCUGAACGCUGUUACCAAGACCCUAAAUACAGCUAACCGGCUAUAUA